CGUCGUCAUAGGUCCCAGCUAGCUCAUAUAUGUCCUGUAAAAUUUCAAUCCAGCAAUUAUAUAAACUCAUCUACUUACUGCUGAUCCAAAGUAAUUAUUUCUGUUUGUAGAAAUUCAUAAUCCGUACUAGUAUUACAUAUAUGUAUGCUUUGGAGCAGCAACUACACGUAUAUGCUCUGAGCUGCUCCUGAAUCAAAACCACACACACACAAAACAAAUGAUGGCUGCCGCCGGUAUCCCCCGCCGGGAACUGUCUCUGUUGCUUCUAUUCAUGUGCUGCUGCAGCGUCAACGUUCGUGGUAGCCGAAUGACGGUUAUGAUGAAUUCAGCUGCCGGAGGAGACCAUCAAGAUGUUCGGAGGCAACUGUUAGACAACGGGCUUGGUCGAACUCCUCCCAUGGGGUGGAACAGCUGGAAUCACUUUAGUUGCAACAUUGAUGAGAAAUUGAUCAAGCAAACAGCGGAUGCUAUGGUGUCAAAGGGACUUGCUGGAUUGGGAUAUCGGUACAUCAAUCUCGACGAUUGUUGGGCAGAAUACAACAGGGAUGCCAAGGGGAAUUUGGUUCCUAAAGCUUCAACAUUUCCAUCUGGAAUCAAAGCGCUGGCGGAUUAUGUCCACAGCAAGGGGUUGAAGCUUGGAAUUUACUCCGAUGCUGGAACGCAGACAUGCAGCAAAACUAUGCCGGGAUCUCUGGGACACGAAGAACAGGAUGCCAAAACCUUUGCUUCCUGGGGAAUCGAUUACUUGAAGUAUGACAACUGUAACGAUAACGGUAUAGACCCCAAACAGAGGUAUCCUAUCAUGAGCAAGGCAUUGUUAAACUCUGGAAGGUCCAUCUUUUUCUCUCUAUGUGAAUGGGGACUGGAAGAUCCCGCAACUUGGGCUAAACAAUUGGGAAAUAGUUGGAGAACUACCGGAGACAUCAGUGACGAUUGGAACAGCAUGACCUCUCGGGCAGAUGAGAACGACAAAUGGGCUAAUUACUCCGGUCCCGGGGGUUGGAAUGAUCCUGACAUGUUGGAAGUUGGAAACGGAGGAAUGAGUACUGAGGAAUAUCGCUCCCAUUUCAGCAUAUGGGCAUUAGCUAAAGCACCUCUGUUGAUUGGCUGCGACAUUCGAUCCAUGGACUCCACUACUUUCCAACUCUUAAGCAAUAAAGAAGUUAUUGCAGUUAACCAAGAUAACCUUGGUAUCCAAGGGAGGAAGCUCAAGAAGAAUGGAGAUUUGGAGGUGUGGGGAGGACCACUUAGUGGAAACAGGGUAGCUGUGGUUUUGUGGAACAGAGGAUCUUCCACGGCAACCAUCACAGCUUAUUGGUCAGAUCUCAGCCUCCGAUCCACAACUGUAGUUAAUGCUCGGGACUUAUGGGCGGUAACAACUCAAUUACUCUUUGUACCAAUAUAUUACUUUCUUUCUGUUCCAAAUUGAUCACCCAGUCUAAAUUUUUCUUAGUAUAAAUUUGUACUAAAGAUAAAAAAUUCAAAUUGAAUAGUCAUUUUGUAACAAAAGGCGUAGUGUUCUUUAAAUCCUUGAUACUGAAAACAAAAGAGAGAAAAGAAGUCUUACAUAGAACCUGAUUGACCUGCAGCACUCAACCAAAGAGGCAGUGAAAGGACAGAUUUCAGCCCAAGUUGGUGCUCACGAUUGCAGAAUGUACGUUCUUAGCCCAAGAUCGUAACCAUGCAAAGAUAGGGAGCUAGCCACCGUAGCUACACCAUGCAGAAGAACUACCAAAUUUUCUUAUCUGUAUGAUCUGGUCAUUGUAACUCUGAGAAACUCCAUAAUGUCUGAAUACUAUAUACUACUAUACUGUGUUUGAAGAGGUCAGUGACUCAGUUCAACUGCACCAUCUCAAUAAUAGAGGAAUCUACUAUUCCCAUUAUUUUUGUUUUCUGCAUCUUCUUCCUCGGCUUCACCAUCACCAUUCAGAAUGCAUCAUCACAUCUCUUAACAUAUCAGACUUCCAAAUAAUCAUAAUGACCACAUUAGCCACCAAACGAGUGAAUGCUGAGCCAGAAGAUAUACGAAGUAGAGAUGAAUUUGCAAGGUCGAGUAUCAUUACUCAAAAUUGAUUCAAUAUAAAAUUAGCAAUACUUGUUAGAGGAGCAUCACCGACACAUAGCAGACUACUUUUUUUCUUCCCAAGAAUGAACAUUGCACAAAGAAAUCAUUUACAAAGUUAAUAACAAGAAGUUAUUCGAGGAGAAUCAUCAUCAAAUCUAUGUAGCAAAUCUUUGAACUCUUCGAAGACGUAAUUCAUCUAGAGAGAGGUCAUUUGUCUGACCUGAUAACUCAAAAGAAGGCGAGGUUCCACUAUCAUCAUCAAUAUUGUCACGAUUCGUCCCACACAUUUCACAGCUACUUAACAAACCUGAAUUAUCAUAGGUACAUGCUCUACACCUCCAAACAUAUGAUGACAUUCUUCUUUGAGACUCAGACAGAGAACCACCAACAGUUCCUCUCCCUCCAAUUCGUCUUCUUUGUCGGAACCUAAACAACCUCAACGGCCAACUGAACAAACUGCAAACAGCUCUCACGAUUCUGGUGAGUGGAUCAGGACGACCUGAAUAAGAGGAUCUUAAACGUAAGUAGAAAAGGCCUGCAAGUAUUCCACCCAGGUGCCCCAGAAAAGAGACACCUGGAACAAACAUUUGGAUCAACACGAGUUCAGCCCAAGCAGCAUAACGAGCAGGUACUAGUAGGCCAUGCACAUAUGUGUAGUUAUCAGACAGGGAAUUCAGCACAACUUUCAUCCCAAAAAGGACCCCUGAAAACCCAACCGCAUAUUCAUUGUAAUAGGCUCUCUCAUAGUCGAAAAACAUCAAGAGUGAUUUCGCCAUUAUAAGAGUGAUGCCCUGAGACAUGACCAGCAAUUCCGCCACCAUAGUUGCAAACUCUACACUUCCCAUUGAAGACUCCAGCUGGAUGCCUUUCCAUAAAAGCGAAAGCAUGUUGUACACCAGAUGAGGUUCACCAAUGUGGUAAAAUGCCGACAGAAAAAACCGCUUCAAAUCCUUGUUCUGUAAAGAAUUUUAUCGCAAAACCAAACCACAAUUACAUAGCUGAAGCAGGCCACAAGUAGUCAAAAACAGAACACGGCGGCACAUUUGUGUAUCAUGAUCCAGUCCAGUUACGUUAGUAUUUUGCUAUCAAAACCACAUAAAUAUAACCAGAAUACGAAGAUCGCUCAACAAAAUCCACAACGGUUUCGCGAAAAGAACAACACAAAUCGUAAAGCUUUACUGCUAAAAGUAACAAGCAAGCAUCUCAUUUGUUAACCUGCUUAACCCUACAAUCCCCAUAAUUCAUUGUUUGAAAUUUUCCGGAACAAUUCAGUAAAACAAGUGUUAACUCGAACUAAAAUCCAUAAAUCGAAAGUAAUUCUGUCAAAAAUAGGUGGGAGAGGGAGGAUAAAUGGCGAACCUUGAGGAUAAGGUGGGGAUUGAACCAAGCUUGAUCAAGUGUGGGAAGAAUUUCGUCCAGUAAGGCAGGCCUCCUCAAAUAAAUCAGGGUGUUGGCAGCCAAAAGGCCGGCAGUGACUGGUGGUUUCCUCUCGCUCCGGCAAUACUCACUCACGGCGUGCAGGGCAAGAAGAGCCAACAUCCCACCGCCACCGCGGGUCCGUCGAAUCCUAACCAUUUUGCUACUCUAAUUUGGGGAAAAUAAGCCACAACUUUAUUAAUCUCACCUUUGGAAUUGAAGGGUAAAAAAGCAUCUAGAAUCAUUAGAUUAAGACAUAAAUUCUUUCUGGGGAAAAGAAUGGGAAUGGGAGUCCGGAAGUAACUCGAAACUCCUAGAUUGCCUUCCAAAUAUUUCCCUUUCAGUCUCUUGCUUUCUGUUAUUU